AUGAGAAGUGUGACCCUCAGCGGGCGUGGUCACCAUGCACAAGUGGGGCUAUAUAAGACACGCUCGCUCUCACUUCUUCAGCAGACAGUCAUGAACUCUAAGGUAUACGUCAUCUGGUGUCUAGUGGGUGUGGUGGUGGCCCACCCGGACCGUCCAACCCCCGCUGGCUACGGCUACUCCGCCCCCGACCAUCCCCUCACCUACACCCCGCCCCCUUCAGCUUACAAGGCCCCAGAACCUACCUAUGAGGCCCCUUCACCAUCCUACAGGGCCCCUGCACCAUCCUACAAGGCCCCAGAACCUACCUAUGAGGCCCCUUCACCAUCCUACAAGGCCCCAGAACCUACCUAUAAGGCCCCUGCACCAUCCUACAAGGCCCCAGAACCUACCUAUGAGGCCCCUGCGCCAUCCUACAAAGCUCCUGCACCAUCCUACAAGGCCCCUGCACCAUCCUACAAGGCUCCUGCACCAUCCUACAAGGCCCCUACUCCAUCCUACAAAGCUCCUGCACCAUCCUACAAGGCUCCUGCACCGUCCUACGAAGCUCCGUCAUACGAAAAGGGGAUGCCGUUCGACUUCGUGUACAACGUUGUUGAUCACUACAGCGGCAACGACUACGCCCACAACGCCAUCUCUGACGGUAGUGUUGUGAACGGUGAGUACCGCGUCGUGCUGCCUGAUGGCCGCACUCAGCUCGUCACCUACACGGCCGAUGACUACAACGGCUACGUGGCCGAGGUCACGUACGAGGUUCACCAACUUCUAUAA